GUAUGUUAUGUUUCCAACAACACUGGCAUGUAGCUGCCAGUCUGUCCGCGCCCCCCACCCCCAAAGCGGUCGCUUCACGCUCCUCUCCUCGGAAAGCCCCCGCGAAGGGAGAGGUUUCCCGUGCUGCUUCUGAGGACGUCCCCCUUCCAGAAGCCUGGAAGGCCCAGCUUCCAAAGGAGCAGCACGAGUGGCUCAGCCGCGCCCUGUUCAGGAGGAAUAAGGACGGAAGGCCCGUCCUUAUCGACUCCUUGCAGUUGUGGUGGCACCCGCCCGCACCACGCCCUGUGUUCCACCAGCCGCCAGCUUCACCCGCCCCCUUCUUCACCUGCCCCUUCUUCCUGUGGAUGCCCUACCGCAUUUGGUCGUUCAGGCUCCUGUGCGGGCAGCCCAACUGCCACCGGGCCGGGCAGCGUCUGACGUCCUGCGGCCUGUACAAGACGGUCAGGAGGGUGCUGGACAUAGACGGCUGGUACUUCAUGGCCACGGAGUACCUGGAAUGCCGUCUGUGUAAGAAGAAGGUGGCGGGCUGGUCACGGGACGUCUUGGAGCAGCUGGACCCUGCGCACCGCGCAGAGUUUCCGGCCAUCCUGACGUAUAGGUUGUCCUGUGACCUGAAGGUGGUGUGGCUGAUGCGUCAGCGCUCCCUGGGCAACAGCGUGUCCGUGCUGUAUAACAAGCUGAGGGAGCAGCACAGUGAGACCUGGAUGGCACGCACACUGCAAUAUCUGGCAGUGUGCGACAGGUUUCAGGUCCCUGGCGCUGAUGUACGGCAGGUGGCACCACCACCGGCCAUGGUGCCCGUCCCCUCACCCCAGUGGCUCCUCACGGUGCAUGCCGAGGAUGUCAGGGCUCGCAUCGGGGAGAUGAAGGCCAGGGUCACCUCCAUUUUUGGAUCUGUCUUGAAGAUGGAUUCCACAAAGAAGGUAAUUUUCCACCACGUUCUCUCUCUCUCUCUGUCUCUCACACACAGACACAGGCUUUCGAGAAAAGUGGACGAUGCGAUUGAUGGUGACAUUUUUUUUCAGGUGACCAAGAAGCUGGCAGGCGUGGCGGCUAGAACGAUGGCCUGGUCAACCAAUGUGGGCAACGAGUACGGGCAAGUCCUCAUGUCCGUGCUCACCGCCCAUGAGGGUGACGGGCUGUUGCCAAUGGCCACGGGGCUGAUGCGGCGCUACCGCGAAGCUGGAAUCCCUCCGCCCAAGCUCCUGUACGUGAACAGGGACUGCUGCUCUUCGGUGGGGAAGUCGAAAGCGGCAGCCAUGUUCUGCGAAUGGGAGGAGCUGGUCGUCAGGCUGGACGUGUGGCACCUGAUGCGAAGAUUCGCUGUGGGCGUCACCACCGACAGCCACCAGCUCUACGGCCUGUUCAUGGCGAAGCUGUCGUCGUGCAUCUUCGAGUGGGACAGUGCAGACGUGGCUCGCCUGAUGCAGGCCGUUCAGGCGGAACUGGAGGGGAAGCAGGGCAUCGUGGGCCUGAGCGAAGACCAGCUCACUGGCAGGCUGACCGCGAAGAUGCUGGCUCGGCACUGUCGCCGCCGUACCCGCGGGGCACAGGAGACCGAGCAGCUCAUCGCUCAGCUGCUGGCGGCCUUCAGGGACGUGAAGGACACGAUGGGCAUCCCCCUGCUGGACAACCAAAGGAUGGACGCCAUAUGGGACACCCAGAGGCGCCACCUUGGUUGCAUCCAAGACCCUCCUGGAUUCCAGCUGUACAUGGAGACGGGGCAGCUCACCAAGGGAGGGAUCGUCCUCCCCACCUACCGCUGCGCGCGUGGCUCCACCUCGUUGGAGUCGUUCCACCUCCACCUCAACCGCUUCAUCCCUGGCACCUCUGCGAACGCGGAGAAUUUCCAGGCCUACUUGGUGGAAGGGUUGGCGCAGUGGAACGAGGACAGAGCGGCGGCAGCGGUAGACCAUCCGGAGCAGGUGCUGCGUUGUUACGGUGGGCAACUGCAGCACAGCCUCAACCAGCUGAGCCAGCGGCUGCUGGGCCUCAAGCUGGUUGAGGACUACACAAAGCCGGGGGAGUACACAGGAGAGCUCAUCGGGGUGGAGUACCUGUACUCCCAGCAGUGCUUGGAGCUGAGGGAGGACAUCGGCCAUGACCCUGACGCCCCCGACGGCACCCCCGAUGUCAUGGAGAGCCUGGGGGAUGAGGGCUUUGAAGAGGGAGGCCCGGAAGAGGAACAUGACCCCACCAUUUCCUCUCUGCACUUAAUGGACAGCUCCCUCACUCAGCUCUCCUCACCCGCUGUGGCAGAGGUCCCCUCGGCUCACGCACGGCUGCCCGCAGACCCAGACCCUAGCACUCCAUGCACUGCUGCUGCUCCUGCAGCUGCUGCUGACGACGACAACGAUGAUAAUGAUGAUGGCGAUGAUGUUUUCAGAGGCCCUGACGGAGCCCCAGGGUACGACCACGUGGUCAGGCUGGCGAGGUACCUGGUGGGGCUACGCGACGAGCCCUGUGUCGCGGAGAGUCACGUUGCCAUGAUCGUCUCUCUCUGGAACAACCUGCCGGAGAGAGACAGGCAGCGUGUCUCCUACCCACCGAGGCACAGGGAGCGGCUCCUUCAGGGCGGGUUCAAGGCCAGCCACUCGAAAACGUCAGUGUGCGCAGGGAAGGAAAGCCUGAAGCGCUGCCUGCUGGGCCAAGGCACCAGGCCUGCACAGUGGCCUCACGUGAGCAGACUGGUGGAGGCCAUCUGCCUGGAGCUCUGCUCACUUCACCCGGCUGGUCGGAAGAUCGCUGGGGUGAAGCAGAACCGCUGGACUGUCAUCCUGCAGGAUUACAGCAGGAUCAGACGGCUGGUUCUGAGCAGCCCGGGGCUCAUGCAGGCCACGUCGCUGCAGCUUUUUGAGAUCAACCGGCGUAUGCUGUCCGUUUGGCAUAAUGAUUUGGUGAAGAGGCGGGAGCAAGCUGUGCUCUCCAUGGACAUCCCUCUCCCCACUCCCAGCCUGACGACACCCACCCCUCUACCAGAGCCCAGGCAGAAGGAGCCAGAGCCAGCAGAACCUCCUUCUGACCUGAGGCCGUUCACCUUUGCCGCCCCUCCAGACCUGUCCGGGCAGGCUGUGCGGAGACGGCAGCCCCAGCCUGCUCCUACUCCGCAGCCCCAGCCUGCUCCUGCUCCUGCUCCGCAGCCCCAGCCUGCUCCUCUGCCCUCUGCGUCCAUCCCGGCUGCCCCCUUACUUGUCCUGCUGAUGCCUGGGCUAGCCAGAGCAGCUGCCCCGCCGACACCCCCGCCGGCUCCCUCGCAGGCAGACGUCCCCGGCAACCUGCCCGGGUUAAAGGCUUGGAGCCGGACCACCGAGUGGAGGCGGAGGAAGGCAGCUGAAGCCCAGGCCACUUCGCAGGGUCUCCCCGUGACACCACAUGUCACUCACCAGCACUACACGUGCACCAAGUGUGGGCAGCCGCGGCGUCAGCAGUAUGGACACAGGAGAUUUAGAAAUAAAUUCUUCUGUGAGAGGGCAGAAGGCAUUUCCUUCGAGGACUGGAAGGCACAGCACCGAGAGCCGCACUAAAUCGCAUUUUAAUUUUUACUUAUUUUAUAUGUGUAAAGUGUACAUAUAUAUGUUUUAUAUAUGUAUUAUAUGUAUAUUGUAUAUUAUUUGUUUGAAUAAUUUUGUAUGUUUUUAUAAAUGUUUUUUUUUCUGA